UGCGCGUGCGCAGUUGGGCGUCACCGACGAAAGCGCGUUCCCUGCGAGUCACCUCGGAAGCGCAUGCUCGUGGCGCGUGCAUGGGCUUCACGGGCCAACGUGCACGCGCCUCGCGUCCGAGGCGGUUGGUAACCGGGAGUUGGUGAAGAGCUGUUAGAGGUGACUUGGGGGAAAGCACGCGUCGAAAGGAUGGUUCCGGGAGCCCUUCUAACGGCGGAAAGGCCCUGACGACCGCCGCGGGUGUGUUUGGGAGCCAGCUGCGCCUGGGCUGCCGAAGGCCUCGUGCGUCAGGGCGGCGGGGCUGGGCCUGCGAGUUGGGGGAGGGGACGGGGUGGAGCCAGAGCGCGGGGGACCUGCGCCGGCGGUCCUGCCCUCCCCCCGCCCCCACGCCGCCGGAGCUUUCGCAGGCAAUUAUUUCCAGUGAGAGAAGGAAACCAGUGGCUGGCAUUCUUACCCGCUUUCUACCUGCCAUGAUCAAGUGCUUGUCAGUUGAAGUACAAGCCAGAUUGCGUUCUGGUUUGGCUAUAUGCUCCUUAGGCCAAUGUGUUGAGGAGCUUGCCCUCAACAGUCUUGAUGCUGAAGCAAAAUGUGUGGCUGUCAGGGUGAAUAUGGAAACCUUCCAAGUUCAAGUGAUAGACAAUGGACUCGGGAUGGGGAGUGAUGAUAUAGACAAGGUGGGAAAUCGUUAUUUCACUAGUAAAUGCAACUCCAUACAGGACUUGGAGAAUCCCAGGUUUUAUGGUUUCCGAGGGGAGGCCUUGGCAAGUAUAGCUGACAUGGCCAGUGCUGUGGAAGUUUCAUCCAAGAAAAACAGGACAGGGAAAACUUUUGUGAAACUGUUUCAGAAUGGAAAAGCCCUGAAAGCUUGUGAAGCUGACUUGACUAGACCAAGUGCUGGGACAACAGUAACAGUGUAUAACCUAUUUUAUCAGUUUCCUGUAAGAAGGAAAUGCAUGGAUCCUAGACUGGAGUUUGAGAAGGUUAGGCAGAGAAUAGAAGCUCUCUCACUCAUGCACCCUUCCAUUUCUUUCUCCUUGAGAAACGAUGUUUCUGGUUCCAUGGUUCUUCAGCUCCCCAAAACCAAAGACGUAUGUUCCCGGUUUUGUCAAAUUUAUGGACUGGCUAAGUCCCAAAAAUUAAGAGACAUAAAAUUUAAAUAUAAGGAGUUUGAGCUUAGUGGCUAUAUCAGCUCUGAAGCGCAUUAUAAUAAGAAUAUGCAAUUUUUGUUUGUGAACAAAAGACUAAUUUUAAGGACAAAGCUGCAUAAAUUCAUUGACUUUUUACUGAGGAAAGAAAGUAUUAUAUGCAAACCAAAGAAUGGCUCUGCCGCUAGACAGAUGAAUUCAAGUCCUCGACAUCGGUCUAACCCAGAACUCCACGGGAUAUAUGUAGUCAAUAUGCAGUGCCGGUUCUGUGAAUACGAUGUGUGCAUGGAGCCAGCAAAGACGCUGAUUGAAUUUCAGAACUGGGAUACUGUUCUGGUUUGCAUUCAGGAAGGAGUGAAAAUGUUUUUAAAGAAAGAAAAAUUAUUUGUGGAAUUAUCAGGUGAGGACAUUAAAGAAUUUAGUGAAGAUAAUGAUUUUAGUUUAUUUAGUGCUACUCUUCAGAAGCAUGUCUCCUCUGAUGAGAAGGGUGACCAGGUCAGUUUCCAAAAAGCAUGUAAUAGUAUUUUGGAUUCCUAUGAAAUGUUUAAUUUUCAGUCAAAAGCUGUGAAAAGAAAAGCUACUCUAGAAAACAGAAGAAACACACAGAAUUCUAGAGAUUCAGAAGGUAUCAGAAAAAAAAAUGAUUCAUUUCUGUAUGCUUGUGAAUCAGAUGGCCCAGGCCAUGGUACAGUGACGGAGUCAUCUUUACAAGUCAAAGAUAGCUCUUGCUCAGGAUCAAGGAUCUUAGAACAACAGACAGAAUCAGGAGAAAACGAAAAACACAAAAAACUUUGCUUAGAACUUAACUGUUUAGAAAACCCCUGUGGGACAAGUUCAGAAAUGUUGGCAAGCCCUUUUCAGACAUCAUACCGCUUUGAGAAGAGUGGAGAUGAUCUAGAAAUACAGAAUGCAAGUACUGUUGUUAAUGGGAUGGCUGCCAGUAUCCUGAAAAAUAAUGGAACUCAGAAUCAACUAGAGAGAUUUAAAGAUGCUACUGAAAUGGGAUGCCAACCUCUGCCUCUUGGGAUAACAUUAUUGAGAGUACAUGGUGCUCAGAGAGAGGAAGAGAAAAGAAAAAAACAACCUAGUAAUUGUGGAAGAAUAAACAUUUUCAGUUAUGGACAAGUUAAAUUAUGUUCCACUGGCUUUAUAACUCAUGUGGUACAAAAUGAGCAAACUAAAUCAACUAAAAGAGAACAUUUACUUAAAAACUGUAUUCGACCUGGUCCCGCAAGUGCCAAAGAAACAUUUGUAAAUAGAGCAUGCCAUUCAGCUGAGACUCCAAACAUCAAAGUUAGAACCAGCACUUUAAGUAAAGAAUUUGCUCAAAUGUCUAACAAAAAAUUGUGUGGAACAAAUAUACAUUUUGGACUAGAGAACAAACCUGAAGCAACUUAUAAAAAUGUUUCUAUUUCUCAGGAAAGUAGUAAAAAAUCACACAUAGGUUGCUUAUUACCUGACACAUCCUCUUCUUCGCCUUGGUGUACACAUGUUUCAAAUGGUAGUAAGAAAAUAGAUGAAGUGAUUGGUUCCUCCAAACCCAUAACCCAUAAGAAGCUAUGCUUAAGUUCACAACUAGGAUCUUUAGAGAAGUUUAAGAGGCAAUAUGGGAAGGUUAAAAAUCCUCUGAAUAUAGAAGUGGAAGAAAAUAAUAAUUUUGAAAUCUCUACCGGUCUCUGUCCUCAAGUUGAACCUGACAUUCCAUGGACAGACCAGAAUCACUUAGACAACUCAGACAUUUGUAAAGUCACUACUAUGAAACAUAAUGACUCAAAUAAUAGUUGUCAACCAGUAAGUCACAUCCUUUACUCGAAGUUUCCGUUCGCCAGUGAAGAAGAUUGUUUGGAACAACAGAUGCCUUGCUUAAGAGAAAGUCCUAUAACUCUAAAGGAGUUAUCUCAUUUUAACAGAAAACCUUUGGGUGUCAAGCAGUCUCCUAAAUCUUUAGCCUCUAAAUUAUCCAGAAUGAAAGGUUCGGAGAGAGAGACUCAGACAAUGGAAAUGAUGAGUCAUUUUGAUGAACUUCCACUAUCAGAUUCCAAGAGGAAAGACCGUGACUUGUGCAGUGGGUUAACCCUGGAUUCUUGUAAGUUAUUUCAAAAUGAGUAUGAAAAAACAGAGAGUGGCAUCAUUCCAGUGUUGGACUCUGUCACCCAGGAUAAUUCCUUCAAUAAAGAUAGUGAAACAUACUCUAACAACAAUACAGCAGGGAACUCUGUGAUACCAGAAAUUCCUUUGGUGUUACCCUGUAAUCAUUCUAAAGUCAUCAGUAAAGAUUCAGAUGUUCUUGUAGCUUCGGAACCACAGAUAGGAAGUCCUAACUCUCCCAGUAGAAUGUCAGUGAGUCAUGUAGAAGAUUCCACCUCCGACCAAAAUGGAACAUGUUUUCAUAGUGAAGAAUCUAUAGCAAGAACUUGUUCUGUAGAUGAAGCGUCAAGCACAUGUUCUUUGGAUUGGCGGCAGCAUUUUGAUGUAGCCCUGGGAAGAAUGGUUUACAUCAACAAAAUAACUGGACUCAGCACCUUCACUGCUCCUACUGAGGACGUUCAGGCUGCUUGUACUAAAGACCUGACGACGAUAGCUGUGGAUGUCAUGCAUGAGAAUGGAUCUCAGUACAGGUGUCAUCCUUUUAGAAGCGACCUCGUUCUUCCUUUCCUUCCAAGACCUCGGGAAGAAAGGACUAUGACGAGACAGAAGAACAGAGAUACUAUGGAUGAUACUGCUGGUAGAGAAUUACUUCAGUCUUUGUUCUCAGAAUGGGAAAAUCCAGUAUUUGCCCGUUAUCCAGAGGUUGCUGUUGAUGUAAGCAGUGGCCAGGCCAAAAGCCUGGUGGUUAAAAUUCACAAUGUCUUGUAUCCUUAUCGUUUCACCAAAGAAAUGAUUCAUUCGAUGCAGGUUCUCCAGCAAGUGGAUAACAAGUUUAUUGCCUGUUUAAUGAGCACCAAGACUGAAGAGAAUGGUGAGGCAGGUGGAAACCUGCUAGUCUUGGUGGAUCAGCAUGCUGCCCAUGAGCGUGUCCGUUUAGAGCAGCUGAUUACUGAUUCCUAUGAGAAGCAACAGCCACAGGGCUCUGGUCGGAAAAAAUUACUGUCUUCCAUUGUAAGCCCUCCACUAGAGAUAAGAGUGACAGAGGAACAAAGGAGACUCUUACGGUGUUACCACAAAAAUCUGGAAGAUCUGGGCCUUGAAAUUAUAUUUCCAGACACUAGUGAUUCUCUGGUCCUUGUAGGAAAAGUACCACUCUGUUUUGUAGAAAGAGAAGCCAAUGAGCUUCGAAGAGGAAGAUCUCCUGUGACCAAGAGUAUCGUGGAGGAAUUUAUUCGAGAACAAGUGGAGCUACUCCAGACCACAGGAGCCAUCCAAGGGACUUUGCCACUGACUGUCCAGAAGGUAUUGGCAUCCCAGGCCUGCCACGGGGCCAUUAAGUUUAAUGAUGGGCUGAGCCCAGAGGAGAGCUGUCGCCUUAUUGAGGCCUUGUCGUGGUGCCAGCUGCCGUUUCAGUGUGCUCAUGGGAGACCUUCGAUGCUGCCAUUGGCUGACAUAGACCACUUGGAAGAGGAAAAACAGAUUAAACCCAAUCUGGCAAAACUUCGCAAAAUGGCCCAAGCCUGGCAUCUCUUUGGAAAAGCAGAAAGAUGUGACAUAAGGCAAAGCCUAGAGGCAUCCAUGCCUCCUUGUGAGCCACCAUGAGAACAGAAUUACUGACCUGUAAGGAAGCAAAGGGACACUAACUCUGUGCUUCUGAGCAGAGAGCAUGUGCUGCAUGUCCUCACAGAGUCCUGAGUUGGCCGGUGCCUCCAGGCAACGUGACUGGUCAGUCUUGAGCAGAUGAUGCCUCCAAGCUAAAGCCAGUUUGUUCAUCUGCAGCCUUGGACACACAAGUUUGCCCUAUAAUAUCUACUUUUUAUAACUUAUUUAGAGAUAAAAUUUAAUGAUUAAUUGGUUUAUUUGUGGGUUUUUUUUUUCUGGGGGGGGUGGAAGUGGUUUGGUUUUGUUUUGCAAUUUUUUCCAGCCUCAUAAUUGGGAUUGAUGUGGUUUGCCUGACGCUGAACUUCCCAGGAUUCAGUCUGCCUUCCUGCCCAGCCCGUAGCCGCGCUCCACUGGUCCCCUCUUUCCCCCCAGUCUUCUUCACUUCCUGCUGCUGCUGCUGCUGUACAUUCUAAAUCUCAGACUUAAAGGUUUCUCUGCACUCAAUAAAAACGUCCUCUGCACUCAAUAAAAACGUCCUCUGCAGUCUUCCAUCAGGCCUAUAGUUAGAUUAUUUUAGGGAUUAAAAACUAUUGGUAAAGAGAAACAAGGACAAGGAUAGACUAGAGAAAA